ACUGUCUCUUCUCUCUUCCUCUCCCAGCGACAGGGAAAUAUGGUUGGUGAAAUGAAGUUGAUGAUUGCGGAGGAACAAAAAUUCCAAGGGAAAGCAUUGUCGUUAUCCCAUACGAAGACGGCAAUCACUACGAUCAAGGAGAAAUUCACUGAACAACAGCUGCAAAUGUUUGAACAGAGUUGUUUUGGUCAUCUCCUAGGGAUUGAGGACCUCAAGUGGACUUCUCCGAUUGUCCACGGGUUGCUGCUCAGGAAAGCUGAUCCCAAGACAGUUUCCCAACUGAACGGGAUCAAAUUCAUUGUUGGCAAGAAGGUCAUCCAAUUCACGGCGCAGCAAUUUUGCAUCGUGACAGGGCUAAGGUUUGGAAACCUUCCCUUUAUUCCGAUUCCCACGAAUGAGAACUGCUCAUUGAAACGGAAGUACUUUGCCAACGAUAAAGCUGUGAACCUGUUGGAAUUAGAAAAGGCCUUCCUCGAAUGCGAUGAUGUGGACGAUGUAUUCAAGCUUGGAUUCUUAUACUUUGCUGUCUUUGUGCUGUUGGGCAGCGAAAAACAUGUCCACAUUGACAUGCGAUAUUUGAAGUUGGCGGAAGACCUUGAAGAGUUUGGGAAGUAUCCAUGGGGUGCUGUGUCUUAUGCGAAGACAAAUGCGUCACUGCUGAGGGCACUUUGUGCAGAUUACCAGCGAGUGAAAGUGCCCACAAAAACUGCCAAAACAAAAAAAUCUGGAAAGAAACCAACAACAACGGCAACCGGUAGACCAAGAGAGUACCACCUCAAAGGUUUUCCCUAUGCACUUCAGAUUUGGGCGUAUGAGGUGUUUCCAGCGUUGGCUGCACUACAUUUGGUGGUGCACGAAGAAAAUGCGCACAUCCCUCGUUUACUACAUUGGAGGAGCAAUAGUUCGCCGCUUUUUUAUGAGCUAAUGAGCCAAGUAUUCGAGAACCGUGAGGUUGAUGUGCAGCUUCUCCGGCCAUCUGUGAUGGACAAGCAGCAGCCGUAUUGGACUUGGGGUGACAGUGCUGACGACAGUGAAGAACUUGUUGACUUGUUGGGCGAUGACGCUGAACAACAAACCGGCACUUCUGCCUCUGUAGAAGAAAAAGAGAAGGACAUUGACGAUACUGCAAACCUUCCGUCGUCUUCUAAGGGUACAGUCGCGUCCAGAGAGUUACGCACUUUGAAGCGUGACUUUCAAAGGACAAAGGAUGAAUUGGCCAAAGUUUCCCUAUCAAAUCGAGCACUUUGCGACAGAGUGCAUCAGUUGGAAGACAAGGUACGGAAGGAGUCAAUGAAAGCUGAAAAAGAGUUCGAAAAAAAUACAAAGUGUGUGGAGGAUUUCCGCAACACCCUGGCUUCAAUGGAGCAUUAUUUUAAGUUGGAGAUAGAGCAGCUGAAAAAACAAAAUGGUGGGGUGAAUGAAGCUGCGGAAGGACAUGAGGACCUCGGUAGUCCUCAUAUGAAUGAAGGAGGCAACAAUGACUUGUCGCCAUUACAUGCCUAUGUAAGUCCGCCGACAGAACCGGCAGUAAUGGAAACACAAGUCCCCGGUGAUGGAGCCGAACCUUCCGCAGCCAUGGUAGUUGAAGAGGCAAAAAUGGCCGCUUCAGUUCCUCACUCAGAAGUGCAUGAAGUAGCUGACCCGGCAGAAUCCGAUGAGCUGCCUACCCCGGAAGAUGUUGCUGGGUGUGACGAAAUCUGCCAAAGAGUCAUGAAGCUGUUAGAAGAUUGGAAAAUCACUAAGAGUAUGCCAUCGGGAGGUUUGAUGAAUCCUCCAAGUCUACCCACAGUUACUAUGGCUGGUGAUGAAGAAGGUAGUUCAAGUGUUGAAAAAAAAAGAAGUGGAAGGUAA